AUGAUGGUAGCAAGCGACAGUUUUAGUUCGACGGUAUCCAUGGAAGAAACAAUCGGCGACAACGCCCACCAUGAGGCUGCGGUGGACCGGAUCCUGGCCAUGCGGAAAAUCGAAGCUUCUUACUGCCUGCAAUCGUUCCUCCACCAGCAACAGUCUCUUCCUCUCAGUGACGCAUGGCGCGGCAAGGUAACCCAAUGGGCGUUCAAUGUGGUGGAUCAUUUCGGGUUUUCGCGAGAAGUGGUAACCGCUUCCAUGGGACUCUUUGAUCAGUACUUGGCCAUCCGGGGCAAUCUGUGUACGGGCAGUUUGGUCCUGCUCACUUCCCUGACGACACUCCACUUGGCCAUUAAGCUCCACGAAACCAAACGAAUCAAGAGCAGCAUCCUGGCGGAUCUCAGUCGAGGGCAGUUUGGCACCAAGCAUAUUGAUGAAAUGGAAUUGGAAAUACUGGCAGCACUGGGAUGGAAGCUCCACGUGCCCACUCCGUUGGCCUUUGUGGCAGAGUUCCUGCACUUUUUACCAGAAGAAGAUGUCAGUGCGGCGGAACGCAAAGAAAUAUACGAGUUGUCCAAAUACUUUACCGAACUAGCGAUCUGUGAAUCGUCCUUUGUGCAGCGGCAGAACUCUCUCAUAGCAUUGGCCACCAUCUACAAUGCCAUGGACGCCAUUCGCUUUGAGAGACUUACGGAGCAAGCCAAGCAGACCUUUCUUUGUACCAUUACCAAGGCUACCCUAGGUCAAGCAUACGAAUCACCUACAUUCAAAGCCACAAGAGACCGUCUCAACACCAUGUACGCCAAAGUCUCUGCCACCGAGAGCUUUGAUCCCAGUACAUACGGCAUGACAUCGGGGUAUUGGGGGUUAGGUGGUGGUGCUGGAGGCAAUCCAGUUGCCGUCACACCCAAUGGAUCACCGUCCUCCACGGCCAGCAGCUGUUAUGGCCACCAACACCACUACACCAAACAAACCACCAAGGCAACCAAGUUUUGGUAUACACCCAGUCCACCGCCGAACACGCGUUCAGUGGGGGUCAAGACUGCCCUCCUCUAG